AUCUAGGAUUUAGUAGUAGUUGACUUAGUCUAUGCCAAGAUCCAUAUCUUUAAUAAUGGUCCCUAUAUCACUGUUGGUAUACCCAGGUAAGCUGAAAUUGCAUGGGCCACUAAGCCCAUUAGGCUAGGCUCAUAUUGAGAGCCUUAUAUGGGGAGCCUUAUAUCGGCACUGCGCCAGCGUAGUUAGGAAUAAAGUAAGCUUUCUUCCUGCUCUUCUCCCGUGUCUUGGUUGCUUUAACUAACAAUAGCUUAUAUCAUUAUCCACUCGGAACGUGGUACUUCUAGCCCCUUGCCUUGCCCCCCCUUUUUUUGUCCACUUCUCCCCUUUGCAUGUUACUGUCUGUAGGGUUAGCUUCUUGGCUCGUCAACCAACUUGCUGCGCCGUAUAUGGACCAACAUACGGUGCCGAUCUAUCUGAUAACUUUAUCCCCUUUCUAUCUAGGCGUCGUCCACCCACUUUCAUCUUUCUUCAUUCUUCUGUCUAGCAUGUGCAGUUACGGACAGAAAAGGUAAAUUCCAUAAAUUACCGGGGACGCACUGACGAUCGGGAAGCACUUAGUUACUGGGCAGACUUGGUUAUUUACUAGGGUAUCAAUCAACCAUGGGUUCCAUCAAAAUCUUAAAAACUCUACGGGUGGGAAAGGGCAUCACCAUGGACAUCACCAUCAACGAGGCCGAGCCGGAAGAUUCGAUCAAUAGAUAUGCUAUGGACACGAUCUGUACCGGUGAGGAGGUUCUCGAUAUCCCAGCUCAUUGGCACAAGGACCAUGCGGAGUAUCUUCACGUCAUUGAGGGUAGGGUGGAAAUCACUUUGAACGGAGACAAGGUCCUUAUGAAAGCUGGAGAUCCUGCGGUACGCGUUUCACGUCGUGCCGUGCACAGCAUCAAAGGGUUUCGAGACGAGAGACUUGUCUUACGGGAAAGACCCGACCCCGCGGGCAUGUAUAAAGCCUUGUUCUUCAACGACGUGCUUUCGACGGGGAUGUUUGGAAGUUUCUGGCACGUCGUUAGGGCAUUUCAUGACUGGGACACGUAUCUAGCGUUGCCCUUAUAUUUUCGAUUCUUCGAUGAAGUGUUCAUGAUGAUAUUUGGAUGUAUUGCGCGUCUAUUUGCACCCCCGAAGCCCAAGGGGCUCUUCUGCUAGGCAACCUUUUGAAUAGGUGGAAGAUUCUGUGAUAUCAGGUAUUGUUGAUGUUAAUAUAACUAGGUAGCGGUCGGUUCUGGGCAAGUGACGCUAGGUUAACUGCCUCAAAGUCUGGGCUCCAUGUGAGUAUUGGUUCAAAAUAUAGGUAAUAAUCAGCUAGAAAGUCUCAGUUGUUUGAGCUUAAUGUUGAUGUGUGUGUCAAAACGAGACGUGCCCAUUCAAUUAUAUUCGUUGGUUACCUAAAGAGUUCUUCGUAGGAUUUGGUGGCGCUCAAGGGUGUCACGUGGCUCUUGGCUCAGUACGACGUAGGUACAUAGCACGUAUUAGCCAAC